ACGGCCAUGCGAAAGGCCCAACAGAACUUCAUUUCCCAUCUACACGUUCUUGUGCCACCAAGAAGGCGCGUCGUUUAGAAACACGACUGUUUCCUGGAGCGAGUUAGCUGGAACAUGCCGGGGCAAGUACCCAGGCUGAACAAGUGCUAAACUUUGAUUUGAAACUAUUUAAAACGCCGAAACUACCAGAAACAUACGUCGUUUGGUAGCUGAUAGCGUCAUUUUCUCUGCGACUGUUUGUGUUGAAGUUGCAAGAAUGUUCGUUUUGAGCCGCGUUUUGUUUGCUGGGAGCGUCAUGGUCCCUGAAUGCACCUCCCUCACUGCGUGCCACUUCUCUGCUGUCCACCGCCUGUCAUCCCCCAGGAGAAACAGUCCCUACAGCUCCGUGGACAGCGAGCGCUACUCUUCUCUGGUGAAAUCCGUCAUGUCUUCCAAAGUCAGCGCUCAGACCCCGGAGAGUCUCCAGGCGGAAGACGACCAGGUCUAUGGACCCGUUGUCAAAGCCCAGACGCCUUCACGGACCGAGCCGAGGCUCCCCAAAACCCUUCACCCUUUCUUAAAUCCUGAGCGGGCUGCAGAGGCGGAGGAGCCGGAUGCGGGACCACCGGCCCGGAUCUUGUUGAAUCGGGGACGGGGUCGGUCGUCUACCCCGAGUGUGUCUCGCAUUCUUCAGCAGACACUUUCUCCAGAGCAGAUCUUCUACCUGGAGAGAUGGAAGAGGAGGAUGAUCGCUGAACUGGGGGAGCUGGGCUUCAAGGAGUACAGUCAGAAUAUAUUUAGACAGGGGAAGGUUUUCCACUCGGCUCUGGAGGACAUUCUGACCUCGGCUGAAACACUGAGGGACAGGAAUCUGUCAGAGGCCCCGGAGUGUCCUGCGGAAGCACAAGGAUACAUCCAGAGCGUCUCUCAUAUACUGGAGGACGUCAGGGCGGUGAGGGCCGUUGAAAGCACCGUGCAGCACGCCGCCCUGAAUUACCUGGGAAUUGUGGACUGCGUCGCUCGCUACAGGGGUGUGCUGUGUGUUAUCGACUGGAAGACCUCGGAAAAACCCAAACCGUUUUUGAGCAACACCUAUGACAACCCUCUUCAAGUAGCAGCAUAUGCCGGGGCUCUGAACAGUGACGACAACUACAAAUACCAGGUUGAAAAUGGGCUCAUAGUCGUCGCCUACAAAGAUGGCUCGCCUGCUCACGCUCACCAGAUAAACUCAGAGCUGAUGUCAGAGUACUGGAAAACUUGGUUGUUGCGUCUUGAGGAAUUCAAAGAACUCGGAUCAAGUGCUUCAUCAGAUACGUCUCCUGUAAAGUGAGCCGUGUCAAGAGAUCUGCGCUGACAAAGACCCAGCUUAAAAACUGCAGCCUGAAAUAGAAACUAACAAAAGGGGAAUGUUAUCUGUUUAUGCUCGGCUCUCCUGUCGCUUGUUGUUUUUAAAAAGACAACUCGCACACAUAUUUCAAUCAUAACAGGGUUUCCCCCGCCGUAUUAUAAACCUGACACGCUAGCUGUUGUUAGCUCGACGCACACUACGUUCACGCUGCACUCCUCCUUCGAGUUGCAUGACACGAAGCUCCUGGUGCUUCCACCGUUCUGCAAAACCCAAAUACCCUGACGCCCGCACCUCCUGCAACUCAACACGAUACCUACCGCGAAGAUUACCCCAUUUUCUGGGGGAAAACCCUGCAUAAUUUUAUGAAUUAGAAUUUUUUGGUUAUUUAUAAGCUUAGUUUUUGUCAUUGGAACAUUUAAAAAUUGAAUUCGGACCACGUUGCUCUAUAUGAGGGAUCCUCGGAGAAGCCCAUGCUUUUAAAGAGCUGGUAGGAGACCAGGUUCUCCUCCUCUAUGAAGCAGAACACCGGGUAGCCGUGACCAAAGAACUUCUUAGCCAUGCUGCUGAUCAGGACUUUAGCGUAGCCUUUCCCUCUGUGCUCUGGCAAAGUGUACAACACUCCUAUGGCGCCGGACACAUAGGUCAGAAUCCAGGAGACGGGCUUUCCUUCGGCAUCCAGCACGCAGCAGGACGGGAAGUUGCGAGCCAUGUUGCGGAUCAUCCCGACGACCUCCCGGUUCCUUGCGAACUUCCACGUCCGGGUCACCAAGUCGACGUGGGAUUCGUCCAGGGACUUGAGGCAGAUCCCUGAGCUGACGCAAAGCAGAGGAAAGGAACAUUUCAGAUAAUGUUUAUGUUCUGGUCAUAAGAUGUUAUUCUUAUUAUUAGUUAUAAUUUGCUGGAACCAGUUUGUUUUUUUGUAACUGUGCUGUGUGUAGUAAGCCGUACCAGUCUACUCUGCGAAGCUUGGAUGCAUCAUCCAGCAUCAUCCUGUGACAAACUGCCUGUAUGUUGCUGGGAACGUUUUUUUCUGAUGCAACUGCUUUGACGAUCUCCAUGUUGGGAAGACUGCUCCCUUGAACACAAGCAAUCACAGUUUACACGACAAACCUUUUUUUUUUUUUUUUUUUUUUUUUUUGCAUUACCAGUAAAAUUCAUAUAAAAUCUGUCGUGCAGGGCCACAAAUGUCCCUGUGGUUUUACUGGGAUUUUAUAUAACAGACCAAAACAAAGUAGUGGAUUGUUACGACCUGGAAGUCCUCAAUCAUUUUACAAAAAAAGAAAAUUGAGCCAUGCAUCUGUAAUAAGCCCCUUGUAGUCUGACACUCCUAAACAAAACAUCUACAGAAGUCACCUAAUCAGUAAACAGUGCCCACCUUUUGUGUAAGACGGGUGAGGAAUACAGUAGAGUGUGACACAGCUGCCAGGAGGAUGUGCUCUGGUCAGAUGAGGCCAAUAUUUUAAUAUUUUUAGUAAGGGAUUGCUGCAAAGCCAUGGACAAUGCAGACGACUGUCCAUUGUGGCUCUACGCUCUUUCAGGAGGAGUGAAUGCUGCUUGUUGAGACUUGAUGCAAUCUGCUGGGUUUCCUUAGAUAGAAGCUUUUUGACCAAUCUGUCUGGAGGAUAUAAUUAAAUUUGACCUAGACAAUAUUUUACUCUUGAGUCUGCAUGUAAAACACUGUGUGGUGGAAAUCUAACACUGCAAUUGCAAAACAAAGAUAAUCAUAAUGAGGCAGAUAUUUCAGUCUAGAUUGACUAAGCUCAAAAAGCAUUGAUGUUUAUGGUUGUAAUGUGACGGGGUGUGAAUACUUUUGCUAGGCUUUCUAUAUCAGUACAGAAGGAAGUUGUUACUGUGACUGCACUGCAUGACAAUGACGACGUGAAAAGGAGGCACAAGCAGAAUGUGGGGGGGAAAAAACUGCAUCUGUGUGCAGAUUUCCCUCAUGGGACAAAAGUAAGAAACAUCUGGUUCUGUUUUUUUUUUUUUUUUUUAAAGGCAGCACUGCCCUGCGGAUGCACUGGUCCUGGCUGUUCUGUACAUGUGGAGCAUUCCUGCAUAAAUAUGAAAAGGCUUGUUGAAGCGGACCGACUGUAGAACUUGUUAAUGUUUUUUUUUAUGUUUUAAGUUAUAGCACGUCAUCAGGAUUCAACUGUCUGUCUUUGUGACCAACAGGGAUGCCAUGUUUUCCUGUCUGUGAAUGAUUUAAAGAGGACUUUGGACACGAUGACAAUAAAAUUCUAACUAAAGUGA